CGAACAUUAAUUCAGUUUAACCGGAAAAUGAAUUUUGACCGACCCUUGAAUUGGAUGUUUCAAUGUACUGAAUUUGACUUUAUAAAAGCAUCUGUUACCUUUAUAUCUACCUUUAUAAGACUAUACUUACCGAGGAGACAGUUGUUCUAUUUAGCGAAACCGUCCAAGACGGGCGCGAGGUUUAAUUCUUUUUAAAGUGAUGGGACGUAAGGGCGUGUUUUGGUUUUUGAUGACUUUUAUGAUAACUAUAGAAGGAACAUCUGCAACGAAUAUUGCCCUCGGACAACCUGCUGUACAUACUCAAUCCCUCGAUUUUGCUGGAUAUAUGUGGGAAGCUGGGCUAGCGGUUGAUAAUGGUAAGCCACCUUUUCCGGACAACAAUUACGAGAAUUCUAAAAGUUGUAGCUGUAGUAUCGCUGAUGGUGAAAACACCUGGACUGUUUACCUAGACCAACCUUAUGUCCUCCAAAACGUUAUAGUGCAUGGGCGAAGUGACAUUGAAACCCAGCUAGAGAACUUCCGGCUUUACAUUCGUCAGGACCAGUCUUCUCCGGAAGUACAAGUAUAUGACAACAAUGGCGUUCCAUACGAUAACGGAUAUUUUGACAUUCCAAUUUCAUCAAGUAUGGCGGUUACUGAAGUUACUAUUAAAAGAAAUCCAGGUCCGCUGACGCUCUGUGAGGUUGAGAUAUAUGCUGUUGAGCCGACCACUAGCACAUCAACCGAGACGCCAACAACUACAACAACAGAAGCAACAACAACAACAACAGAAGCAACAACAACGGUCACAACAACAACAACAACGGCCGCAGGUCCUUCCAGUUCGAUUGUGUCUAGGUUUAAACCAACAAAUCAAUCCUUUACCUUAGACUACUUCUUUCUCUGGACAUCUGACAAGGCCGUUGAUGGCGACUACAGAACAAAUAAUCCAAACUCGGACGAAAGCUGUGCCACCACACAACAACCUACUAAUAACGAGUGGAACGUCAACCUACUAUCUCAGUUCCUCGUGGACAAAAUUGAUAUUUACUCGCGAAGUGACGGUCAAGAUCAAAUAUCCGGUUUCCAGGUGUACGGACAGGCAGAUGACGGGUCUCCCAAAUUCCUGAUUUAUACUGAUACCCAAAUGCCUGGAACCAGCUUCUUUACGGUUUAUGUGGUACCAGCGACAAACCUGAAAUAUAUUACAAUUAGAAGAGACAGUAUUUUGACACUGUGUGAAGUUGAUGUGUUUAGAGCAGCACCCCCAAGUACAGAAGCUACAACAACAACACCACCACCAACAGAAGGAACGACAACAACGGCCCCAAGAGUGAGUGUUGCUUUCAACAAACCCGCAAGUCAGUUAGAAGAUUUGAAUUAUGGGUUUGUGUGGUUUGCCAGUUAUGCUGUUGAUGGUUGCUAUGAAAGGACAGACCCUAACAACGUGCAAUGUUGCUCCACGUCAAUGGGAACUGUAAAUAACUACUGGACGGUUGACCUUCAGACUGCAGUUUUCGUUGACCUCAUUGUUAUUUAUGGAAGAGCUGAUCAGGAUGAUCAGUUACCCGGAUUUCAAAUGUUCUCUAUCGAAUUUGAUGGUGACGCCGAAGACCUUGUUUACGACAGUACCGGCGUUCCAUAUGGUUCUGGAAUUUAUUCCAUUCCAAUAGACCCACCAAAGCUAAUGAAAAAAGUAACGAUUAGACGAGAUGGCAUUAUAUCAUUGUGUGAAGUUGAUGUUUUUGAAGCUAUUAAUGUUCCAACCGAACCUACCUCAACAUCACAAACAACAUCAAAAACACCAGCAACAACAACAGAUUUAACAAUCGAUACGAGUUCAGAAGGAGACACAACAACAACCGGUGUAACAGUAGAACAAAUAACCACAGUCGUCACAUCAACAGACACGCCUACUGCACCGCCUACUGCUUCGCCUACUUCUGCGCCGCCUACUUCUGCACCGGACACGUCAACUGCUUCAACUUCGACAGAGCCAACCACCCAGCCAACAACACCACAGCCUACUAACGUCGCUUUAAACAUGUUUGCCAAUCAGACUGAUACUCUGGACUUUAGCGGUUACCUUUGGGAAGCAGGUCUUGCUGUAGACGGUUGCAAACCGCCCUUUGCUGGAGAUGAUUAUGAAAACUCUCAAUGCUGUAGCGGAAGUUUUGCCGCCGAGAACACAUGGACAGUGUACCUGAUCGGACAUUAUGUGAUAUCCCGUAUUAUAGUUAUAGGACGAAGUGAUCAGUCAACUCAGCUGGAGAAUUUUCAAGUGUACAUACAGGAAAAUUCGAUGUCUCCCGAGAUACUUGUUUAUGACAACUCCGGCGUUCCAUACGGAAGUGGAUAUUUUGAGUUUCCGGUUGUUUCUAUGGUACCCGUGUCUCGGGUUAUUGUUAAAAGACUGACUGGGCCUCUGAUCAUGUGUGAGGUUGAAGUAUAUGGCGUACCGUUCGUUGACACACCGUCUACAACGACGACAACAGCUGUAACAGAAACAACAACAACAGUUGUAGACACAACAUCAACCGGAAUAGAAACAAGGUCUCACACGGCCUCGUACGGUCUAACACGGCCUCUACGUCAGCAAGAACUUACAAAAAACACAACUACCUGCUGCCACCCUACCAAGAGUGCUUGCUGCAUCACAUUAGAAUGUAUCCAAGAAGAAGUUUUGGACGCAUAG